GAACAACACAAUUUUUUUAAUGAUGUCAAAGUUGUCAAAGUAUGUUUCGAAAACAAAAGAAUCCUUGGAAACCGUAUAAAAAAAAUAAUAUAUGAUGGGUGACUACAGUAUACCCAUAAUUGAGCCUACAAUUGAUUAUACCAAGGUCCCACCGAUAAAUCAAAAGAGGACUAUCACUUUUAUUAAUCACUUUAUAGUCCACACAGUUACUUUUCUCAAUAAAUUUGCCUUGACAUGUGAAGAAAGGCUUUUCGAAUUUGAAAAUAAGUUGCAGAGAGUACAAGCUUCAUUAGAAAUCCUCGAAUCUCGGUUAUCGUCAAUACCAGGCCUAGAAACAGAAAGAAAAACAACUCAGGACGAAAAUCAGAAACAAGAAGUAAAACUAGUGGAAAUUGUGAGAGAAGGAACGAACGAAUCAGACAUCGAAGUUCCAAAAGAAAUUAAAAAUGAGGAGAAAGAGCUUCAACCAGAAAGUCAGCCAAUAAGCGCUGAUCCAAGGUACCAAAAAUAUUUCAAAAUGCUGCAAUUCGGAGUUCCAAAACCUGCGGUUAAGUUAAAAAUGCAACAGGAAGGCCUGGAUUCUUCCUUAAUAGACAAUCCUCAACAACUAGUUCCAAUCGGUUCGAAUACGGAAAGUUGAUUGAUCUCGAGACUGGCUGCAUUUUUCAAGAGAGUGAUGUAUUUAUUUUUUGUUAUCCAACUGAGAAGGUCUGUUUAAAUAAUAAAUGAUUUUUUAAAUCAAA